AAAAAAGAAAAAGGAAGAAACAAAAUAAGGUAAAUGCUUUCAUUGCCAGAAUCCUCAUUUCUCAGCAGCACGCAUAGGCAAUUCACCAGGUGAGGCCCAGGGAAACCAACAACCACAUCAAGUGUUAACCUAUCUCAAAAUACAGACCAAGAAACCAAAAAAAUUCUAAAGUAGCAAGAUUGAAAUGAUGUUAGGCUUCCAAUGACGGAUCUCAUUAACCAUUCUAACUGUUGCCCAUCUUGUAGCUUCUCUUAUAUCCAUAGACCCUUUUUUUUUAACAUGCUUCUCAAGGUCAAAUUAUCGACAGCAGUAGUAACAUAGAACAUCUAAAAUCUCUCUAGAUCUAAAUUAACAGCGCUGCACUAAUGGCUUGACCCAAAGGUGAAGUAGAAACAUGCAUAAACUAAAGUGCUAAGAUCAUUAGAAUCAUGAUGUGAAAUAUGCAUGCAUGCAGGCAUGAAUCUCAUCCACAAACAAUGAUGUACCAAAUCCCUAGAACACACAUACCAUAAGGGAUGAAGUGGAAAAAAAAGAAGAAGAAAAAAAAAAGAAAGAAAACCACCCCUUACAUGACUUGAAACUAAAACAAUCAAUGAAAAAAAGCUCAGAACAAACUAAAUGCACGGAGGCUCGCAAACUUCUGCACUACAACUUUUCUUAAUAAUCAACCUAAAUAAAGAAUGAUCAGUCAUUAAACCCAGAUGAUUUUUGAAAACAGCAAAUUUAAGUCAACAAGAAUACGAUCCAUAGUUAGAAAUCAAUUUUUACCAGCUCAUACUUGAAUGCUGCCCAAACCCAUAUCCUAUGAAGUGUAUAGCACAUUUAGCCAUUUUAAAUUCAUGUGAAAAGAUUUUGGGGUUUGAAAAGGACUACCAGUGCUGUCUCACAAUUGAUCACGAAUAAGCAUCUUUGACAGGAAAUAAAUUACUUAACAUGGCAGAAUGUCAAAAUGUUAGCAGGAAACCACUGACUAAACCGGGGUUUUUUUGGGGGUUGAUUUUUCCAUUACUUCAGAAUUUUUAUGCUCUUGUUAGGCUUUGAGAUAGGUUAUCACUAGCAUGUAGUUGUUGAAACUCUAGGCCUCACCAGCCUCACCCGGAAAAUUGACUCCAGCACAGUAGUGACGAGAAAAGCACCUUCCA